AUGCUUUUCAAGUGGCUUAUUCUUGCCGCCUUCGUGUCAGUGGCUUGGGCCGCAAAGUGCGAAGAUGGAGUAGAUAAUGUGAUCAAGUUCACCGACACAACCAAAGGAAAGGGACAAAUUAUUUUCACCGAUUUCGAAGUGACCACAUAUGACGAGAACAAGGAGCCAUCGUGCAGAAAAGGACAGGCUCAGUUCCGUCUUCCAGGACAUUUCAAACUUCACAAAGGAUUCGUGACUGUCAACAAGCCAAUCACUGACGAAACCGAUCUGGAACUUGCUUUGAACGUCGAGAAAGACAGCUGGAUGAUUGGAAAGGUUUGCGUCAACGGAAAGUCGGAGAACUCUUUCGUCCCAGACCAACUUUGCAAAUUCCAACUUUGCUCUCUCGCCCCAACAGUUUGCUCCCUUCUCAAGGUCAAGUCUUCUGGACCAAUUGAUGUGACUCCAUUUGUGCAAAAGGAGCCAAUUGACAUCGGAGCACUCCCAAUUCCACAACUUGGAGGAGACUGGAAGAUCGGAGGAAAGAUCAUUCAAAACGGAAAAACUUUGGCUGGAGUUCAAAUUGGAAAUGGAAAAACGUGGUUGAACAUUUAUUCCGAGGAAGCCAAGGGAGGAUCCGUGAACUACGAUCCAGUGCCACCAGGUCAACCAAACUUUGACCAUAACGAGUUGUAG